AUGGGGAUGGGGGUGGAGUUUGUAGAAUGUGAGGAGUGGAUGGAUGUGGAUUGUCUUUACAAGAAGCCGAAAGAGAUCAAGCCGUUUGAUGAUACGCCCAUGACGAUCACUGUGGUCUCUGGGACCACCGCCCUCCUGCCCUGCGAGGUGGACCCCAACAUCACGGAGAUGAACCCGGAUAUGUACAGGGUGGUGUGGGUCAACCCCCUGGAGACGGUGGUCAGCAUGCAGGAGCGUCGUCUGCUCAAUGACAUGCGCAUCUCUGUAGAGCGGCUGCGCACCCGGGACUGGAACCUGCACAUCCGCAACGUCAGUGUGACGGACGCCGGCGUGUACAAAUGUCAGCUCAACGUCAACCCUGUCGGUAACAAGCACAUCACGUUGGUGGUCCAUGAACCCCCCAGGAUUGUCGAACACACCAGCCCAGCCAUCGUGAAGAAGCGAGAGGGUGACACCGUGGAGAUCUACUGCAACGCCACAGGCACCCCCCAGCCCACAGUCAGGUGGUUUAGGGUCAACAAGAGGGACGACUCACGAGACCGUGUCGGCAACACAGGCGAGUCUCUGGUCAUACACAACAUCUCACGCAGCUGUGCCGACUUCUACGAGUGUAUCGCCGACAACGGCGUCCAGCCCUCUAUGAGUCAGAAGUUUGAGGUCAUCGUUAACUAUAAACCCGAGGUUGUCUUGGGCAACACCCGACUGAACCAAGCUUUGGGGAAGGACACGGUGCUAGACUGUGAGGUGUAUGCCUCACCUGUAGCAGCAGCCUGGUGGCAGCAUAAAGACAGGUGA